GUGUCGGUACCUGGCAGUCCAACUGUCCCCAGCCAUCCCCGUCUUUGCCGCAGUUCUCUUCCUAUUCGCCAUGGCCACGCUCCUGCGGACGAGCUUCAGUGAUCCUGGGGUGAUCCCGAGAGCCCUGCCUGACGAGGCAGCCUUCAUCGAGAUGGAGAUUGAGGCCACCAACGGGACUGUGCCGCAGGGUCAGCGCCCGCCCCCGCGGAUCAAAAACUUCCAGAUCAACAACCAGAUAGUGAAGCUGAAGUAUUGCUACACAUGUAAGAUCUUCCGUCCGCCCCGUGCCUCUCACUGCAGCAUCUGCGACAACUGUGUGGAGCGCUUCGACCAUCACUGUCCCUGGGUGGGCAACUGCGUGGGGAAGAGGAACUACCGCUAUUUCUACCUCUUCAUCCUCUCGCUCUCACUCCUAACCAUCUACAUCUUCACCUUCAACAUAGUCUACGUAGCACUGAAAUCUCUGAAGAUUGGGUUUCUGAACACGUUGAAGGAAACCCCAGGGACUGUACUGGAGGUGCUCAUCUGUUUCUUCACCCUGUGGUCAGUGGUGGGGUUAACUGGGUUCCACACCUUCCUGGUGGCACUGAAUCAGACAACUAACGAAGACAUUAAGGGGUCCUGGACUGGGAAGAACCGCGUGCAGAAUCCCUACAGCCAUGGCAACAUAGUGAAGAACUGCUGUGAGGUGCUCUGCGGGCCUCUGCCCCCCAGCGUCUUGGACAGACGGGGCAUCUUGCAGCAAGAGGAGAGCACAGCUCAGGAGGAGUCGUGCCCACGGGGGCCCAGCACUCAAGAGCCCACCGCUGCCCAGGACCCCGGUGGGCAGGCAGAGGAGAGCAGCGCUCAGCAGAAGGAUGGCAGCCUUCCUCACCUGAGUGCCGUCCCUGUGCCAUCCCUGAGCAACGCUGAGAUGCCAGAGGAGAAGCAGCUAACAUCUGGGGAGCUCCCAGUCCCAUCCCAGGACGCUGGGCAAGCAGAGCACUAGCCUCUGCUUGAAAGGGAGAACUUUCUUGUUUUGUCUAAUCAAAGCUGGAAGUGAUUGAGGAGAGGAGGAGAUGGGCUGGAUGGCAGGCAAAUGAUUCCUCAUGGCCAUUUUGCUUUAGUCAUUAUUCACCUCGAUGCACAGGCAGUGCGGGCUGGCGCUGGCCUUGCGUGGUGUCAAAGGAUAACGAGCGUGAGUGGCCUGCCUCGAUCACUGAGGGGCACUCACCACCACUGAGGCUGGUCUCCCUGCAGGCCGAGGCAGGACCUCUUGCUCUGCAGGUUGUCCUGGAUGCUAAAUACUGGCUCUGUGCCCGGGGCUGUCCCUCCGUCUGGCCCCGACUCUCUGACGAGAUGACUUGUGGUCAAGCAGCUCAGAAGCGACGUUAGGGUUGGCCUGCUCCCUACUGCUGAGGAAUCCUGAUGGGAAGGGGAAAGCAAUUUAUGGCAGUAGCGUCCUCUCUCCCCUCCUCCCUCCUUCCUCUAAUCUGUGGCAUUGUUUUAUUGGUUAACGUGGCAGGGGUUGUCAGGAGACAUUUUGGUGCCAAAAGGGCCAAAACAACCAGGAAGGUGUUCUGC